AUGAGCCACAUCUACGGCAGCCACCUCUCCCCUCUGGGCAACCCCUCCAUGGUUUAUCUCCCGGCUGCCCUCGGCUUCACCCCCGGGGGGGCGAUCUCCCGGCAGGACCCCCCGCAGAAGCCCCCGUACAGCUACAUCGCCCUCAUCGCCAUGGCCAUCAAAGAAGCCCCGGAGCAGAAGGUGACGCUCAGCGGCAUCUACCAGUUCAUCAUGGACCGCUUCCCCUUCUACCACGACAACAAGCAGGGUUGGCAGAACAGCAUCCGCCACAACCUCUCCCUCAACGACUGCUUCGUCAAGGUGCCGCGGGAGAAGGGGCGGCCCGGCAAGGGCAGCUACUGGACCCUGGACCCGCGGUGCCUGGACAUGUUCGAGAACGGCAACUACCGCCGGAGGAAGAGGAAGCCCAAAGCCCCGGGGCCGCCGGAGGCGAAGGGUGGCGAGCAGCCGGGGCCGCCCGCCCGCCCCGUCGAGCCCAAGCGGUCCAAGGGGAGUGCGGCGGCCGCGGGGGACGCGGGGGACGCGGGGGUCCCGCGGCCGGGCCGGGGGGCAGCGGCUUCCCCGGGGGGUCCGGCCCCGGUCGCUCCCGCCGCCGCCCCGCCGCACAAGAGCGGCCCGCGGGGCCGCAGCUUCAGCAUCGAGAGCAUCCUGGCGCAGGGGCUGCGGCAGCCGCCCCCCGGGGCAGCCCCCAAGGCCGCCCGGGAGGGCCCCGCCGGCUGCCUCGGCGGCUCCCUGGUCGCCAGCGGCGGCUUCGGCCCGACCCUCAACGCCUCCCUCAUGCUCGACUCCCAGGUGCACGGGAGGCUCUACCACAUCGGCAUCCCCUUCCUCUCCUGCUUCCCUCUCCACGUAUCCGAGGCGGUAUUUAAUUUCCAGUAG